CCAACUGCUGCGUGCAGAGCUUAAAGGGCUAGAUUUGAAAACUGGUUCCUUCACCUUGAAGCAGCUAAAAGCGGCCUCUGACAAUUUCAAUUCAGCAAACAAGAUUGGAGAGGGUGGUUUUGGAUCCGUAUACAAGGGUGAAUUGGCAGACGGUACUAUUAUUGCUGUUAAGCAGCUAUCUCCAAAAUCCAGGCAAGGAAACCGUGAAUUUGUGAACGAAAUAGGCAUGAUAUCUUGUUUACAGCAUCCCAAUCUUGUAAGGCUUUAUGGAUGCUGUAUUGAAGGAGACCAGUUGCUUCUGGUGUACGAGUACAUGGAAAACAACUCCCUCUCUCGUGCACUUUUCGGAGCAGGUUCCGAAACAAGUUUUCUGACGUUGGAUUGGCCUACAAGGUAUAAGAUAUGUGUUGGAAUAGCCAGAGGUUUAGCAUUUCUCCAUGAAGGAUCUGCAAUCAGGAUCGUUCACAGGGACAUCAAAGGUACAAAUGUAUUACUGGACAAAGAUCUAAAUGCCAAGAUAUCAGACUUCGGUCUAGCUAAGCUCAAUGAAGAGGAGAACACUCAUAUUAGCACUCGAGUUGCUGGAACUAUAGGAUAUAUGGCUCCAGAAUAUGCACUGUGGGGCUAUCUAACAGAUAAAGCAGAUGUUUAUAGUUUUGGGGUUGUCGCCUUAGAAAUUGUCAGUGGAAAGAGCAACUCAAGUUACAGGCCAGAGAACGAAAAUGUUUGUCUUCUUGACUGGGCUCAUGUAUUGCAAAAAAAGGAAAAUUUAAUGGAGAUAGUGGACCCAAAGCUGCAGUCUGAAUUCAACAAGGAAGAGGCUGAGAGGAUGAUCAAGUUGGCUCUCUUAUGCACCAAUGCAUCUCCAUCUCUAAGGCCUGCAAUGUCAGAAGUGGUGAGCAUGCUUGAAGGACAGACCAGCAUCCAGGAGAUGAUCUCAGAUCCUAGCAUUUAUGGUGAUGAUUUACACUCCAAACAUCUCAAAGGCCACUAUCAGCAGGUCAUGGACCAGAGUUUAAACAGCACACAAGACCUCUUUCCUCGAUCUGAUAAAUCGUGGAUUGGAAAUUCCUCUACAUCUGCCCAUGAUCUCUACCCCAUCAAUCCCGAGUCCAUAAGUUUAAACCUCAGUGAAACCUCGUCUUUAAUUUGAAUAAAGCCAAAGAAAUGCUUGGAGCUUCAUUUGUAAUCAAGAUUUAGACGUCUACACAACGUUUUACUGCUUACCAUCCAUCUUGGUAUGAUUAUGGAUUUAUAAUUCUAUAUAUGUAAACGGUGUCUGAAAGCUAUCUCCGUGGUUGUGAGAAUUCAGAGCCCA